GGCAUGAGCAAGGCAGAGGUGUACGCGCAGGUGCUGGAGCAGGCCACGGCGCUGUUUGACGGGCAGAGAAACUGGGUACACAUCACUAACCCGCUCUUCUACAGCAACUUCUCGAACGCUGCCGCGCUCCUCUGGCAUGCAUAUCAUUCUCUCCCUGCCCCAUCGUCCGCAGUAAACUGGUCCGGGUUCUACUUCACAGAUCCGUCGAAUCCGCGCCAACUCAUCCUUGGGCCCUUCCAAGGCCAAGUCGCGUGCCAGGCCAUUGCUUUUGGCCGAGGCGUAUGCGGAGCAGCUGCUGAGACCAAAGUCACGCAGUUAGUUGAGGAUGUGGACAAGUUCCCAGGGCACAUUGCGUGUGACGGAGCGAGUAAAAGCGAGGUUGUCGUGCCCAUUGUCAAAGAUGGAAAGACCGUCGCCAUUAUCGACGUCGAUUGUGCAGAGCUGAAUGGUUUCAAUGACGAGGAUCAGGUUGCAUUGGAGGAGUUGGCCCGGUUGUUGGCAGAGUCUUGUGAUUUUUGAUAUACCCAAAGAGUAGUGCUGUCGCAUGCCCGAAGACGACAGUAUGAAUGAAUGCCGGAAUGGCGUUAUGCAAUCAUUC